UUUAAAGAGACAAACCACUGCUUCACCAUGAACACCAUGGAGCCCAGCCUGAGUAUCGACUACAUGGACAAUGUUACCCUCAAUGUGACAUCCAGUGACAUGAACAUGACAGGCAUCGCCCAGAUCAUGAUCCCUCAGGAACUGUUCCUGAUGCUGGGCUUGAUAAGCCUGGUGGAGAACAUUUUGGUUGUUGUCGCCAUCAUCAAGAACAGAAACCUGCAUUCUCCGAUGUACUAUUUCAUCUGCUGCCUUGCAGUGUCUGACAUGCUGGUCAGCGUGAGCAACGUGGUGGAGACGAUGUUCAUGUUGCUCACGGACCACGGCCUUCUGAGUGUGACAGCGAGGAUGCUGCGCCACCUGGACAACGUCAUUGACAUCAUGAUCUGCAGCUCUGUGGUGUCCUCGUUGUCCUUCCUGUGCACCAUUGCAGCUGAUCGCUACAUCACCAUUUUCUAUGCCCUGCGCUACCACAGCAUAAUGACCACACAGCGUGCCGUCACCAUCAUCGUGAUCGUUUGGCUAACCAGCAUCACCUCCAGCUCGCUGUUUAUCAUCUACCACACUGACAACGCAGUCAUCGCCUGCCUCGUGACCUUCUUCGGUGUCACGCUGGUUUUCACAGCAGUGCUCUAUCUGCACAUGUUCAUCCUGGCGCACGUGCACUCCAAGCGCAUCAUGGCGCUCGAUAAAAACCGGCGCCAGGCCACCAGCAUGAAAGGUGCAAUCACUCUAACCAUCCUGUUGGGGGUUUUCAUCAUUUGCUGGGGUCCAUUCUUUCUGCACCUGAUCCUAAUCCUGACGUGUCCAACAAACCCUUAUUGCAAGUGUUACUUCAGCCAUUUCAACCUCUUCUUAAUCCUCAUUAUAUGCAACUCUCUCAUAGACCCUUUGAUUUACGCAUAUCGGAGUCAAGAACUGCGAAAGACACUUAAGGAAAUUGUUUUGUGCUCUUGGUGCUUUGUUAUCAUCUCUCUGACAAAAAAAAAAAAGCUGCGUCUGCGCUAUAAAAGGCCGGUCCGCGCUGUCCGAGUUUUCCGCCGGCAACUUGCAGGAGGAGACAGAGAACAGCACACACACAUUUGCACACACACAUACCCACACACACACACCCUGAGGAUGAGAGAGAUUGUCCACAUUCAAGCCGGUCAGUGCGGCAACCAGAUCGGAGCCAAGUUCUGGGAGGUUAUCAGUGAUGAACAUGGCAUCGACCCCACUGGAAACUACGUGGGUGACUCAGACCUCCAGCUGGAGAGGAUCAGCGUUUACUACAAUGAAGCUUCCUCCUCCAAAUAUGUUCCCAGAGCCAUCCUGGUGGAUCUGGAGCCAGGCACCAUGGACAGUGUACGAUCUGGAGCCUUUGGCCAUCUCUUCAGACCUGAUAACUUCAUUUUUGGUCAGAGCGGAGCAGGGAACAACUGGGCUAAAGGCCACUACACAGAAGGAGCAGAGCUAGUGGACUCUGUCCUGGACGUGGUACGGAAGGAAUGCGAGAACUGCGACUGCCUCCAGGGUUUCCAGCUCACCCACUCACUCGGAGGAGGCACAGGCUCUGGCAUGGGCACACUGCUGAUCAGCAAAGUGAGAGAAGAAUAUCCCGACCGCAUCAUGAACACCUUCAGUGUGGUCCCUUCCCCCAAAGUGUCCGACACAGUGGUGGAGCCCUACAACGCCACGCUGUCCAUCCACCAGCUGGUUGAGAACACAGAUGAGACAUACUGCAUUGAUAACGAAGCCCUAUACGACAUCUGCUUCCGCACACUCAAGCUGGCCACACCCACUUACGGUGACCUCAACCACCUGGUCUCGGCUACCAUGAGCGGAGUCACGACCUCUCUGCGCUUUCCAGGCCAGCUGAACGCUGACCUGCGCAAGCUGGCUGUCAACAUGGUACCCUUCCCUCGCCUGCACUUCUUCAUGCCUGGAUUCGCUCCUUUGACAGCACGUGGCAGCCAACAGUACCGUGCUCUUACUGUCCCUGAGCUCACACAGCAGAUGUUUGACGCCAAAAACAUGAUGGCCGCUUGCGAUCCACGUCACGGCCGCUACCUCACUGUGGCCACCGUCUUCCGAGGCCGCAUGUCCAUGAAGGAAGUGGAUGAGCAAAUGCUGGCCAUCCAGAGCAAGAACAGCAGCUAUUUUGUCGAAUGGAUCCCCAACAAUGUGAAGGUUGCUGUGUGCGACAUUCCACCCAGGGGGCUCAAGAUGUCCUCCACCUUCAUUGGCAACAGCACGGCCAUCCAGGAGCUGUUCAAGCGCAUCUCCGAGCAGUUCACGGCCAUGUUCAGGCGUAAGGCUUUCUUGCACUGGUACACUGGUGAAGGCAUGGAUGAGAUGGAGUUCACCGAGGCUGAAAGCAACAUGAACGACCUGGUGUCUGAGUACCAGCAGUACCAGGAUGCCACGGCUGAGGAAGAAGGAGAGAUGUAUGAGGAUGAUGAGGAGGAGUCAGAGGCCCAGGUUCAAAAGUAAACACUCACGAAGUAGCCAUUAUAGUAUACAACAACCCUUCUCUAAAACCGACCUCUUAUCACGCAGCCGGCAAAAAUAUCUUAAUCUUUCACUUCUCUUACAGGUAGAUUAAACUUCAUGUUAACCAUUUGUGCCAGUUACAGCUGACAUUCUGUACUUUACUGUGCCAUAACAGCUUCUUGAUGGUACUGUAUUUGUUGUAUAGUGUUGUUCACUGACCAAUCCUAAAUAAACCAGUGUUCCAAAUGGACCUCA